CACGAAUAGCGCAGGAGGCGUGGUGCUGCGUGCAAGCGUUCGUACGCAUGUAGCGUAACGUACCCUCUACAUUCCUCCCUUUAUCCAGUCGACGGAGAAGUCUCACCGGGCUGAGCUGAAAAGCAGUUGCUAAGAUAAUGGCUGUUCCCCCAACAUACGUUGACUUGGGAAAGUCUGCCAAGGAUGUCUUCACCAAGGGAUAUGGCUUUGGUCUUAUCAAGUUGGACUUGAAAACAAAGUCAGAAAAUGGACUGGAAUUCAAAAGUACAGGCUCUGCCAACACAGAGACCAGCAAGGUGUCAGGAGCAUUGGAGACCAAGUACAAAUGGGCUGAACAUGGACUGACCUUCACUGAGAAGUGGAACACUGACAACACUCUGGGCACAGAAAUUACCCUGGAGGACCAGCUGGCCAAAGGACUCAAGCUGACAUUUGAUUCCUCCUUUUCUCCGAACACAGGGAAGAAGAGUGGCAAGAUCAAGACUGGCUACAAGCGGGAGCACAUCAAUCUCGGCUGUGAUGUACAUUAUGAUAUCAAUGGCACUGCUGUGCAUGGUGCUGUAGUGGUGGGCUAUGAGGGCUGGCUUGCUGGCUACCAGAUGACGUUUGAGGCAGGAAAGAACAGAGUCACCCAGAGCAACUUUGCCGUAGGAUAUAAGACUGAUGAAUUUCAGCUCCACACAAAUGUGAAUGAUGGGACUGAAUUUGGUGGAUCCAUCUACCAGAAGGUGAAUGAUAAACUGGAGACAGCAGUCAAUCUGGCCUGGACUGCUGGCAACAGCAACACCCGCUUUGGCAUUGCUGCCAAGUAUCAGAUUGAUGCAGACGCCUCGUUUUCGGCCAAAGUGAACAACUCUAGCCUUGUUGGCCUGGGAUACACUCAGACCCUGAAGCCAGGUGUUAAGUUGACCCUCUCUGCUCUCCUGGAUGGGAAGAACAUUAAUGCUGGUGGACACAAGCUGGGUCUAGGGCUGGAGUUUGAAGCAUAGAAAAGUGAGGAAUGCAGCAAUCCCCAACCUCAAAAAAAGAAAAAAAUAUGAAUAGAUACCCUUACACACCUUGUGUUUCUUUUAAUAUCUGCGCCGAUUGAGAAGAGCUUCUGCAUUUUCAAAUCACUCACAGUUGAACCGCCACGUUUAAAGGACUUCUUAAGGUAAAUUAAUGGAAUUCAGUGGCUCACUUUUUCAAAAAAGGGACAAGUACUGUGCUGGGAUGGUCUCACAAAAGAUAAAUAGCAGUUGUAACAGAUUGUAACGAUUUGUAAUAUUCCACUAGACACAUCUGAUCAAAUUAAUUUAUUUAUUACAGUGCAGAGGAAGGAAAUGAAUAUUUUUUAGAAAAAUACUAAAGAUGGUGAGUGGUCAGAACAGUUGUCCAAAAAACUCUGGACAUUAAAGUCUAGAGUUAGACUAGUCAUAGUGAUACUACAGAGAGUCAUGAGUACUAGAGAACAUUCCUUUGCUACUUGGAGGUUAUUUCUGUAGAAAGGGACUUAUUUUAUGGAAACUAAUCUCAUUGAAAGAAGAAAAAAGGUAUGUGAUUCCACACUGUGGCUGGUGUAGUUACCCUUCACCUCUGCAGCAGCUCCACACCAAACCUGAAAACAUUGUGUUUUUUGUUUCAUGUGUCUUUGUGUGUGAAAACUGGACAUGAUUUUUUGUUUUGUUACAUAUAGCAAAAUAUUGUUUUACCAGUGUUCUUCUAUGCUGUCUGUAAGGUUUACAUCAAAACUCGUCAAGUGUCCCUGAAAUUAAAGGAUGGAUAAUUCAUCCUAUUCACUGGCCAACCUUCUUAAGCAAAUGUUUUGGGAGAAAAAAAAACACUGUACAUUUUAAUAGGGGAUGUAGUCUUCCGAUUUUGCAGUAGGUUCAGAACACUAUGUACUUGGCAGUAUUGUAACUCCUUAAAGGUCAAUAAAAAGUGAUUUAAAUAGGGA